AUGACGCAUAUCUACAUUGUUAUAAUAUUAAUUGUGCAGCUAAAAGUGUGGACAGAAUGCAGAUUCAAGUACGCCAGUAACACGGAGUUACUGGUGGAGAGGGUUAAGAGGGGGAAACAGGCCAUGGACGAAAUUUUGAGGGCGAAGAAAAAGGCUGAGGUGGAGUACGAAGAAAAGAGAAAAAAGAGCAGAAAAUCGAAAGGCACAAAAAGUGGACGCGCUGGAAGAGUUACAAACGGUGGCCAAAAUGAUCGAGGCGGUCAGGGAAGAGAUGACGAUCAGGACGGAGGUGACGAUCAGGAUGACAACAUAUACGUAAGGGAAAUAAAAUGUUACGAGUACGUACUGAACCAGUUAAACAGCCUAAACGUAUACAACUGCAACGAAAUAAAUGAAAAUAAUAAAUCCAUGCUAGCCUUAGCCAAAACCAAGUGCCUUUUUGUAAAAUCGGUGAGAAGCUUUCCGGACGAAAAAUCAGGCUGCAUAUUAAACCCAAAGAAAUUGAACAAACUACAAAUAUAUCUUUACAACAACAAUUUGUUUGACCAAUUUAAAAAUGAAAAUUUUGCCAAAAUGUUAAGUCUAGAUGAGUUAAGGAAGAUAGAAAAAACGAAAAAUCCUUGCCUUGGUGAUACUGCAAGUGAAGGGGGAAUAUAUGAGUCUAUCUCGAGUGACGAUUUUUUGUCGAGCGUUGAAAAGGAAUCAAUGUAUCCUAGUGGUGACAAAAUAACUCCAGAGAGCAACCCACCACGUGACCAUAUCGACUUGAAAAAUAUGUUGUGCGAAAAUUUAAAAUACAAAAUUGUAACGAAUUGCACAACCAGCGAUAGCAUGUCCGAUACCGCCUUUCAGAUUUAUCACUCCGAGUUAAACCACAUCGACGACAUUUGUUUCUACAUACAGUCAUCUGAGUGGAAUAGGCGAACGGAUGCAAAUAUUAACCGACUAGCGGAGACCUCCGUAAACAUCACCAGGCAGAUGACGACCAAUUUGGAGAACAUGAAGUUAAUAGAGCACGCGCAGGUGAAGCAGAUCGAAAAUACGAAUAGAUUCGACAAUUUCUUAAAAGGCCUCAAGAAUGACUUCAGUGAGGUUAUACAAAUUUUAUUAAAAAUAAAGAAGCACCAUGAGUCUAUUACUAAAUUUGUAACAGCUUUUAAGAUGCUCAUGAUGUACCUGUUGGUACUGCUCCUUGUUCUGUUCAUUACUUCUCGGAGUUAUGCGUCAAAUAGCCGAAGAAAAAUUAUAUCUUGCGUUCUCUUUUGCUGUUUAACCGAACUGGUCUUCAAAAGGAUCAUUGCGCUGAUCAGGAAUUAUGCGUUCCUAAGAGUCAGCGAGAAUUUAGUCAGUCACUCAGUGAAGGGGAUCCGAUACACAUUCGUUUUAAUUGGCAUAAAAGUAUUAAUCAGCGCCAUAGUAACUUACAAAGAGCCAGUGAAAAUCAUCGAGGAAGAACUGAAGUACAUAAAAAAACUUGUGGAAAAAAAUGAACAAUGUCGAAACAGCUUUAGGGACAUCAAAAGGCAAAACGAAAUAAUCGAUCGCAGUGUGGACCAAGAAACGGUUAAUGUCCUAAACUUGUGGCUAAAUUAUAAUGAUUAUCUUGAUUCAUUAUACCUGGAGGACGAAGACUUCGCAAUAAGUUCCCAUAGUGACACGGAAAUUAACAGCUCAGACACGUCACUGGCUAGCGAGGAGAUGCCACCCGAGGAAAUUGAGGAGUUAAAUGAAGACCCCAUCGGAAUAAGAAUAAAAUCGAUGCACAGAAAAAAUCGGCCGCUGUUUUUCCACUACUUCCCGUCGCCAACGAAUAUUAAGGCGUACACAGAGAGCCCCAUAUCUUUUGCGAAUAUCAUAGAGCACAAUCACAACGAAAUGAUGCGCCUACGGGAGGACAGAAUGCGGGAUUUUGACAACGACGAAGGGGAGAACAAUCACGUGUACAAUCAUGUGGAAGAACUGACCGAAGACGUGAACAAUAGAACUAAACUCCUCGAGAGUGAUAAAGAAAAUGAGACAUGCAAUUUAUACGACUUGGCAGAAGACGACACGAAGGUAAAUAAGUUUUUCUCCUUGGAUGGUAUAUAA